AUGGCUUUUGAUGUUGUUAUGGCCUAUCAUGUUUUGGGUUGUGAUAGUACCAAUUUGAAUCAAAUUCAAGUUUGGUACACAUCAGCAUACAGUUGGAAUGCUCACAUGGCAGUUCACGCUCCACAUCGAGAUGGACCACUAUUUACUUCCAAGCCGAAACCAAUUGCAGUAGAUUAUGUUGCAGGUACACUUGGAUACUUAGCCUCUGAAUGUUCCCAACGCCUGACUGUUACAGAUAAAUGUGACGUUUACUCCUUUGGUAUGGUUCUACUUGUAAUGGUAUGCAUGAAGGAGAAGGAUUUGUUUCUUAACAAGGCCAACAUGUUAGGUAACCAAUAUUUGGAGGGGAAGAGUGAAAUCAAAUACUUAGAGAAGUUCAUUGAUGAUCAAGUUCAACCAUGGAAUUCAGCAACAAAUAACUUCCAUAAUUCUUUUAAAGUUGGAGAAGGCUCCUUUGGCAAUGUCUACAAAGGUUAUCUGGAAAACAGUUCUACACCAGUUGCCAUCAAACGGUGCAAGAAGGAUUCAGUUUUUGGUCUUUCCAGCUUGAAGAAUGAGGUUGUCCUGCUUUCUCAGCUGCAACACCCCAAUCUCAUCUCUUUAGUUGGAUUCUGCAUUGAAGGAACCGAGUUGGUUCUUGUAUAUGAUUACAUGUCUAAUGGUUCCAUUCGUGAUCAUCUUCAUCGUGGGAACAUCGAUCCACUUACAUGGAAGAGGAGGCUUCAAAUUUGCAUAGGAGUGGCGCGUGCACUGCACUAUCUUCACACAGGAGCCAAGUACACUAUUAUCCACCGGAACAUUAAAACACGUCUCAUUCUUUUGGAUAGUAAUUGGGAACCAAAAGUUUCAAGCCUAUUAUUAUCCAAAAGGGGAGCACUUAGUACUUCAAAGUCAUUGACAAGGGUGGAGUCAGAUGUGAAGGGAACAUUGGGGUAUCUUGAUCCGGAAUAUUACAACACAAGUAUGUUGACUGAAAAAUCAGAUGUAUUUUCAUUCGGCAUAGUUCUAUUAGAAGUUGUGAGUGCAAAGCCGGCAAAAGAGAUUAGCGGAGAAUACUUUCAAGGCUUUAAUCAGUCACUGAGGUCAUUUGGAAAUGAAAUUGUUGAUCCAAUUCUUAAGUCUAAGAUUGAUCCAGAUUGUUGGAAAACAUUUGUUGACAUCACUAAGAGAUGUUUGCUUUUGGAGGGAAGGGAGAGGCCAGACAUUGGAGAAGUGGAGGUGGAACUUGAACUUGCACUAAAAUUGCAAGAGGAAGCUGAUGCCAAGAAUUAACUGCUAUAAUCCUGGUAAAAAAUAUGAUUUCCUUAGUUGAGUGGUUUGUCUGAAUUUUCAGAAGAUAUGUUUGGCAGAUUUAGUUCUAAAAUCAAUCACUUGUUUCAAUCCCAUUAGUGGCUGUUCAUGUAGCAGAUUAAGAAACAGAAAACAAGAGUUGAAGUUUGGCUCUUAUCUUAUCCCAUAAUUUCAUUUUUUCGAAGUAAAUCCUUGCAAAUAUAGACCAAUGAAGAUUUAAGGUAAAAGUUACUUGGGUAUUCAUGUCUAAGGAAAACAACAACAGUUUAAGUGGAUUUUGAAAAAGUAAAUAAAUAAAUAAAAA